AUGUCGAUGGCAAACGAAUCAACUCCUAUUUCGGUAGACUCUGAGUCCGAGAACAGCUAUGAGCACCUUGAAGAUGGCAACUUCUCGUCGUUUGCACAAUCUUUGGCAUCAACCGUUGUCAAUCAGACAUAUGAAAAUGGAAGACGAUACCAUUCUUUUAGGGAAGGCGGUGAGCACAGCUCUAAGGAUAUGAUAUCAUGGUCUAUCAAAAUCUCUGUGUGUGACAGUGCUAAAUUUUGGUUUACUGUUCUGGCUAUUUUAAUAGCAUACAUAUUUCCAAACGAUGAGAAAGAGAACAAUCGAUUAGAUAUUGUACAUCAUAUGAUGUAUCUCCUAUGUGAUGAACAGCUUCAUCUGGCGCCUAUUGGCGAAAGUCCGCAGAAUAUCCUCGAUAUCGGUGCCGGGACCGGCCUUUGGUGCUGCCAAAUGGGGGAUGACUAUCCUUCAGCACAGAUACUAGGCAUCGACUUAAGUCCUAUACGAAACACAUUUGAUGCUACUCCAGACAACGUGAGAUUCGAAGUCGAUGACGUCGAAAGCGAAUGGACAUUUAUCAACAAUUUUGAUUACAUCCAUAGCCGCUACAUGACCGCCUCGAUACGAGAUUGGCCAAAGCUGAUUGAGAGAUGUUACAGUCACUUGAUGCCGGGAGGCUGGGCUGAGUUUCAAGACUCCGACGCAAGGUGGUAUUCCGAUGACGACUCGUACAAUCAAGACUCAGCACUUGGAAAAUGGCUCAAGUUAUUUCACGAAGCCGCGUACACACAUGGCCGUGAGCUGGCGCCGGGACCCAAGCUCGAAGGAUGGGUGCGCAAUGCAGGCUUCACUGAUGUUGUGACUAAGAAGCUUCGGGUUCCAAUUGGAAAAUGGCCAAGGGAUCCGAAAUUGAAAACUAUCGGAACAUGGAACCUCAUCCAGAUCAUUGAAGGGAUGGAGGGAUUUUCCAUGGCCCUCUUUUCGCGAGUAUUAGGAUGGUCCCCCGAUGCCAUCCAAGCCUUCGUCUCCGACGUGGUUGAAGAUCUCCGCAAUCCAAAAAUGCAUGCACUAUUUGACCUAUACAUUGUCUACGGCCGCAAGCCGGAAAAAAGCACAAGUCAGCAUUCUAUAAGUGGGCCGCAGAACCCAUUAACACAUUAA